UCACCCAGGUGCGGAGCCAGCCUGAAAAAGACAGCGGAAGGAGUUUCCCCGAACUGCGUUGUCACUCACUGACCUGCACCAAUUACAACGCAGCUCGCCCUCCGACCCACCUCUUUUGGGGUGUGUCUCUAGUGAGUGAUAGACGGAGCCGCCGGGCCGGCUCAGCCCAGCCCAGCCCACGUUGCUGCCUAGAUUGAAAUGCAGAACUCAAGCCUCUUUCAGCCGGGCACAGACUUCCUUUUACUUCUUCCUUUUGCACUGUCGUCGCCUCCUCCUGGGGAGAAGCCGAGGCACCAGCAGCCAGGAGCAGCGACAGGCCCAGCCAGUCAGACUUCGAGAAAAGUUUCUUUCCCGGAGUGCGGAACUGGGGCCCUCUCGGUGUACUGCUCAGAGCAAUGGAGCCAGCCUUCGGGGAGGUGAACCAGCUGGGAGGAGUGUUCGUGAACGGAAGGCCACUGCCCAACGCCAUCCGGCUUCGCAUCGUGGAACUAGCCCAACUGGGCAUCAGACCUUGUGACAUCAGCCGCCAGCUACGGGUGUCGCACGGCUGCGUCAGCAAGAUCCUGGCACGCUACAACGAGACCGGCUCGAUUUUGCCUGGAGCCAUCGGGGGCAGCAAGCCCCGGGUCACUACCCCUACUGUGGUGAAACACAUCCGGACUUAUAAGCAGAGGGACCCCGGCAUCUUCGCCUGGGAGAUCCGGGACCGCCUGCUGGCCGACGGCGUUUGCGACAAGUACAACGUGCCCUCGGUGAGUUCCAUCAGCCGCAUUCUGCGCAACAAGAUCGGCAACUUGGCCCAGCAGGGUCAUUACGACUCCUACAAGCAGCAUCAGCCGGCGCCGCAGCCUGCGCUGCCCUACAACCACAUCUACUCGUACCCCAGUCCCAUCACCGCGGCCGCUAAGGUGCCCACGCCACCUGGGGUGCCGGCCAUCCCGGGUUCGGUGGCCAUGCCGCGUACCUGGCCUUCCUCUCACUCCGUCACCGACAUCCUGGGCAUCCGCUCCAUCACCGACCAAGUGAGCGACAGCUCCCCCUACCACAGCCCCAAGGUGGAGGAGUGGAGCAGCCUCGGCCGCAACAACUUCCCGGCCGCUGCCCCGCACGCAGUGAACGGGCUGGAGAAGGGAGCCUUGGAGCAGGAAGCCAAGUUCGGUCAGGCACCAAAUGGCCUCCCAGCUGUGAGCAGUUUUGUGUCCGCAUCCAGCAUGGCUCCCUACCCUACUCCAGCCCAAGUGUCACCUUAUAUGACCUACAGUGCUGCUCCUUCUGGUUAUGUUGCUGGACACGGGUGGCAACAUGCUGGCGGCACCCCACUAUCCCCCCACAACUGUGACAUUCCUGCAUCACUGGCUUUCAAGGGGAUGCAGGCAGCCAGAGAAGGUAGUCAUUCUGUCGCUGCCUCUGCACUCUGAUGGGAACUUCCAUUUCCAGCAGCUUCUUUUCUCAGCACAUCCUCCCCUUCUCCAUACCCCACCCUCCAGCUGUCCAGCCCUCCUGCCUCAAGAGCUGGCUUUAUGGACUCACAUUCUUUGUGCUGAUGACACUUAAAUAUUUCUUGCCAUAAGUUCUUUCUUGCAGGAAACCUGACAUAACUUUAGGACUUAAAAACAAAAGCAACUUUAAGGAUUGAAUGAGACAUUUGUGUUGCCCUCACACUGUUUUAAGGUAGUGAAGAAACCUACUCCCCUCAAAGGGCUAAAGAACUUUGUAGACUUGUCUUUGGUAAAACCACACAUGGAUAUUUAUUCUAAAUCAACCUGAACUUUUGAAAUGUGCAAUUGUUGAGAUUUUGCAAAAUCAAUAAAGGAAAACACAUGUAGAAAAA